GUCAGGCCCUCAAGAAGCCUCAUCAAACACGGGCCGGCUGGCAGUUGAGGUUCCGACGCCACGCACAAGCCGACCGCCAGCUCCGCGCCUUGCAGCCCCAGUCCACUCUGGUGCGGGCGCCGCUACCGGGGGUAAUGCAACUCGACUCAAAAAAAUGUGGACUUGGGGAGGGGUUGCUCAAACAUUUGGCCAGCAGACUGGGGGAGGUGGGCAAGCAAGCAAGCUUACUCUGCUAUUAUAAAGUGGUGUCGACGGACGGCCCGUGAUGGCCUCGACAUUGCGACACUUGUCAUCUCCUCUGCUCGCCCAUUCUCGCUCUCGCAUCAGACGGUCCGUCUCGCUGCCAUUCACGCCUUCGCCAGCCGUCAUCUUUGACGCCUCGUUUCCCUCGCCGACCAUCGGCCGGCACUCGACAUCGGCAUCGAACGUGAACUCACCUGCAGCAGCAGCAGCACCCGCGACCAUGGACUUUGACGCCUGUGUACGGCGGCUUCGCGGCGGCGCGGCCGUCAAGUUCCCGCCCGACGCCAACUCCAUCGCCUUUGCGCAGCACAUGGACGGCCAGGAUAAGCUGCGGCACCUGCGCGACGACUUCAUCCUGCCGACCAAGGCGUCGCUGAAGAAGAAGGCCCUCAACGGCAAGCUGCCUCGUGAGUUCACACCCUGCCCGACGUGGCCGCGUCAAGCUCACACGAACCUCAAUCCAGCUCAAUUCACCACCACCAACGCCGUCAAUGGCCAUGGCGCCGCCGCAGCAGACGACGGCGACGAGCAGUGCCUGUACUUUGUCGGCAACUCGCUCGGCGCCCAGCCCAAGGCCGUCCGGCAGCACCUCGACGCGCAGCUCGAGACGUGGGCGUCCAUCGGCGUCAACGGCCACUUCACCGACAUGGCCGACUCGCCGCUCGCCCAGUGGCAGGACAUGGCCGAGGACUGCGCCAACAAGUCGGCCGACCUCGUGGGCGCGUCCCCGCACGAGAUUGUGGUCAUGAACACGCUCACCAUCAACCUGCACCUCAUGAUGGCCAGCUUCUACAAGCCCGACGCCAAGCGCCACAAGAUCAUCCUCGAGUGGAAGCCCUUCCCCAGCGACCACUACGCCAUCGAGAGCCAGGUCGUGUGGCACGGCCUCGACCCGGACAAGAGCAUGGUCAAGAUCGAGCCCGACGCCGGCACCGCGCUGAUCCCGACGGAAAAGGUGCUGCGCACCAUCGACGAGCACGCCGACGAGACGGCCCUGCUGCUGCUGCCCGGCAUCCAGUACUACUCGGGCCAGCUGUUCGACAUGCCGCGCAUCACCGCCUACGCCCGGGAGCGCGGCAUCGUCGUCGGCUGGGACCUCGCCCACGCGGCCGGCAACGUCGAGCUCAAGCUGCACGACUGGGACGUCGACUUUGCCUGCUGGUGCACGUACAAGUACAUCAACGCCGGCCCGGGGUCCAUCGCCGGCGCCUACGUCCACGAGCGGCACGGCAAGGUCGAGCGGGCGGCAGGGGACGGCGGCCGCCCGACGUACCGCCCGCGCCUCAUGGGCUGGUACGGCGGCGACAAGAGCGUGCGCUUCAACAUGGACAACAUGUUUGUGCCCACGCCCGGCGCCGCCGGCUACCAGGCGUCCAACCCGUCCGCCAUCGACCUCGCGAGCCUGUCCGCCGCGCUGUCCGUCUUCAACAAGACCACCAUGGCCGACCUGCGGAGCAAGGCGCUCGUCAUCACCGCCUACGCGGAGCACCUGCUCAACCAGAUGCUCGCCGAGCAGGCCGCGGGCGAGAAGCCGCUCUUCGGCAUCAUCACCCCGUCGGACCCCCUGCAGCGGGGCACGCAGCUGAGCGUGCUGCUGCGCGAGGGCCUGCUCGAGCGCGUCUCGCAGGCGCUCGAGGACAACGCCGUCAUCUGCGACAAGAGGAAGCCCGACGUCAUCCGCGUCGCCCCCGUCCCGCUGUACACGCGCUUCGAGGACGUCUGGAAGUUUAUGCAGGUGCUGCGAGGGGCGCUGGGCCUGAAGCUGCCGUCGUGAGAGCGCGCGCCAUGACAUGACGGGUUUGGGUCGUUUUUGUAUACUUUUUGAUGCAUGGCGUGUGGUAGAAUAGGAUACGUAUUCAUGAUUUACGGUCAUUGUCUCG